AUGGAUGACCAAGUGAUAAAUACAAGAGAGGACCUGGAGCUCAUGCUAAUUAAUGAAGCCGCAAAGCCCAAGCCCAUGCUUUUCUCACUUCUUGAAGACAUCACAAAUGGUUUCUCUGAAGAGAAUAUUAUUGGGAGGGGUGGAUCUGCUGUGGUUUAUAAGGGAUCCGUCGGGAAUCGGACGGUCGCUGUAAAGAAGCUGUCCAUACCACAUGAGCGCGAGAAGGAAUUCAACGGAGAGAUUCAGUGUCUGAUGAAGGUGAAGCACGAAAACAUCGUUCGGUUUCUAGGAUAUUGUUCCGACGCACAAGGGCGUAUGGCAAGCUACAAUGGAAAACUUGUGAUGGCAGACGUACUAGAACGAUUGCUUUGUUUUGAAUAUCUAUAUAGAGGAAGUCUUGAUAAACAUAUCACAGAUGCAACAUGUGGACUUGAAUGGAAACAACGAUAUCAAAUAAUUGUUGGAGUUUGUGAGGGCUUACACCGACUUCACAAGGAUCGCAUUUUUCAUUUGGAUCUGAAACCGGGAAAUAUACUUCUGGGUGACAACAUGCUCCCGAAAAUUGCUGAUUUCGGCCUUGCAAGGUGCUUGGAUAAAGACCAAACCAAGGUUCAUACUCAAAAUAUAGGUGGAACAUGGGGAUACAUAGCACCAGAAUUACACACGUUUGAUGGUGUAAUCACAGUCAAGUCAAUCACAAUCAAGUCUGAUUUGUAUAGUCUUGGUGUCAUAAUUAUGGAGAUACUCACUGGAGACAAGGGGUCGGACAGGUGUCGCGAGGUCCACGAUGUUAUUGAGAAUUGGAUCAACAGGUUGGGCGAGCCGCCGUCACCCGCACAAUUGGACCAGAUAAAAGUAUGCACUCAUAUAGGGAUUGAGUGCAGCGACAUUAACCCAGCCAAUAGACCAGCAAAUACAAUGGAUAUAAUAAAUAGGUUUGGAAAUGCCAGAAACACACAGGAAACACAAGAGUCUGGCAAGCUACUUCAGGUCCAGCCGGCUCUACUCGUGUUUCACUUGCAACCCGGGAAAUCGAUCCCAUGCCCGCUGCAGCUAACAAACGACACGGAUGAACACGUGGCAUUUAAGCUUAGUACAACGGAGAGUGUGGACUGGUCGGAGCACUUCAUGGCCAGGCUGCCAAUAUUCGGCGUUGUGACGGCACGAUCCACUUACACCCUCGUUCUAACAGUGUCGGAGUGUGAUGUACCAGACAAAAGAAUUUGUGUUAUGACCCUGCAGAGCUGUGUAUCACACCACAUCCGGAAGUUCAGAGACAAACAUGAGUACGAGGGAUUUUUUAAAGAUAAUAACAAGGCAGGGAAUGAAGUGCAUGAGGUGAAACUGACCGCCUUCUUGUCUGUGAAAGCACCGUCAACGUCGUCCGAGUCAACCGGGCCGGGUGUCAGGAUCUUGUCCAUGGAGAAACCAUGGAAAACUCUAUAUUCCGUGGAUGCCCAUCCGAACAAUCCCUGGAUCAUAACUGGUCAUGCUUGUGGACAUGUUCGCAUUUGGAACCAUGAGACAAAGACCCUAUUGGAUUCCUUUAAGGUCUCAUUGGAACCAGGCAUGCUUCCUUACCCCUUUCUUGUUGAUUAA